AUGGAGAACGAUAAGAACAUCAAUUCAAUCGAAAGACCACCAGUUGAGAUGCUAUUGAAGAAAAUCCAAGAGCUAGAAAAAGGUCAUGCCCACCUCAAAGAAGCGAUUUCAAAGCUCAUAAUCUCCGACGAGUACAAAAAAUCAGUAUCACCCGUCAGAGGCGGCGCCUCCCAGACCUUCUCCAAAACGGAAUCUUCAUCUUACCGGAAAAUUUUACCACUGAGAAGAGAAAACAAUAAUGAUAGGUUCCAUGAAGGCGGUGGCGCGGCCGUCGACGGUGGUGGGGCCAUGAAGCUGACAGAAAAUCAAUAUAUGAACAUAUUACAGACAAUGGGUCAAGCAUUGCAUGUAUUCGAUCUCACAGGUCGCAUAAUCUACUGGAACCAAAUGGCACAGAGCCUCUAUGGUUACACAGUCGAGGAAGCCAUCGGAAAAACUGCUCCCGACAUCAUUAUACCACCUAAUUAUUCAGAACUGGCUAAUAUCAUCAUACACAGAGGAUUACAGGGAGAAAGAUGGUCAGGGGAGUUUCCUGUUCGACAUAAAAGAGGGCAAAGGUUUACUGUUAUCACUAACGUCUCGCCAUUUCACGAUGAAAAUGGAACAAUUCGUGGUGCUAUGUGUAUUUCAACUGAUUCUCGCCCAUUUCGGGAAAUAAUUCCACAAUUAAACGUUAAUAUUGCGCCAUGGAGGAUUUCUUACUCUAAAUUUGGUCUUGAUGAUCAACAACCUCUACAAUCUGCAAUCGCCUCAAAGAUUUCAAAUUUGGCUUCCAAGGUCAAGUCAAAAAUAAAGACAAGAGAGAACAAUGAGGAUGAUUUCACCAAGAGUGGAGACUAUCAUUAUUACGAUAUUGCCCCUUGUGAUCAUACUCAAGAAGCAGGUUGUAGUAUCGACAGUAUGAAAUCUCCAUAUGGACAUUUUACCGUAAAGCCCUCAACGGAUUCUAGCAGGGGUAGUGAAAAGGAAAACAAACUUGGGAUCCAUGAAGUUUUAUCUUCAAAAGCAGAGGCAUGGUUGGGCAAAAAGGGAAUUUCAUGGCCAUGGAAAGGAAAUGAAAGUGAUCAAGAUCACGAUUAUGGUCCACAAACAAGUUCUAGUGCUUCUAUAAAAGUAGAAAGUCAAAUGCAUGAAAGUUUUAUUAAUACUAAUGAGGCUCCAAAGUCGUUGUCUUCAUGUGGUGCAAGUAGCUCAGAAAGUAAUGUUAUCUAUAAAAUUGACAUCGAUAUUGACAAUUUGGAUGUUGAAGUAUCAUGGGACGAUUUGGUAAUUAACGAACAAAUUGGACAAGGUUCGUGUGGGACCGUAUAUCAUGGACUGUGGUAUGGAUCGGAUGUUGCAAUCAAAGUAUUUAGCAAGCAAGAAUACCCUGAAGAUGUGAUACUAUCCUUUAGAAAAGAGGUGUCUCUAAUGAAAAGACUCCGACAUCCGAAUAUUUUGCUCUUUAUGGGUGCAGUAACUUCACCUCAUCAUCUAUGCAUUGUUUCAGAGUUCCUUCCACGUGGAAGUUUGUUCGGGUUACUUCAAAGAAAUACAACCAAAUUAGAUUGGAGACGCCGCAUUCAUAUGGCCAUGGAUAUUGCACGAGGGAUGAAUUAUCUUCAUCAUUGCAACCCACCUAUCAUUCACCGUGAUUUGAAGUCUUCUAACCUUCUUGUUGAUAAAAAUUGGACUGUGAAGGUUGGUGACUUUGGUAUCUCGCGUAUCAAGCAUGAAACUUACUUGUCAACAAACACUGGAAAAGGAACACCUCAAUGGAUGGCUCCAGAUGUUCUUCGUAACGAGCAAGUGGAUGAAAAGUCGGAUGUGUAUAGCUAUGGCGUGGUAUUAUGGGAACUUACUACUGAAAAGAUUCCUUGGGAUCAUCUGAACUCAAUGCAGGUUAUUGGAGCUGUAGGGUUCAUGAAUAAAAGGCUGGAGAUUCCAAAGGACAUCGAUCCACAAUGGGCUUCUCUUAUAGAAAGCUGUUGGUCCAGUGAACCAAAAUCCCGACCAACAUUCCAAGAAAUACUAAUUAAGCUCAAGGAUAUGCAGAGGAAGUUGGUGAUUCAAACUCAGGUUCCCCGUAGAGUUAACAGCAAUCAAAAGGGAUCAUAA